AUGAUCGGAGAGGCGAACUCAAAUCCUUUGGAGAACGGCCAGCAGACGAAGCUCGAUGAGCUGAUGAACAUGAUCGACGCUUUGAGGAAAGAAAAUGCAGAGUUACGAGCUAGAAUGGAGCGUCGUGAGGCUCCUGCAAUUUCGAGGCCACCUCCUGAAGGAGAGGGAGCUUUACCGUCCCAAGCUGAUCGUCAAGGUGAUCCAGAAGGUGUCAAUCGUGUUGAUCCACGUCGUGAUGAAGUUAUAAUCGGUGAUCUGCCUCCGAAUGUUCGUCGAGUAGAGGAUCGAGAAGGAUCUAUUCAUCUAGAACCGCAUCAUGAACGGAUUAUGAGGGAGGAAGCACCGGCAUAUGAGCAUAGGGUUACGUCACUGUGGCAAAGUGAGUUUACGGAGGACAGGUCGUUAGAUCCGCCUUACCGACCUUCAUUAGCAACAGUUGAUUACCACAGUUCAGAAAGGAAAUCUGCCGAUCGAGGGUUUCCGUCACGAUUUUCAAGGGAAAACGAAGCAUUGCGCUCAUCAGCAAGGACGGUUGCAUCUCCGUUCACUGAUAAAAUUCUGAACGCGCCGAAUCCGAAGAAGUUCUCCAUGCCGGGCUCAAUUGCCAGUUUCCAGGACUUAUGCGAUAAGUUCAUAAGCCAGUACUACGGGAAUAAACGUCCGGCUAAGGAUGUAUUAAGCCUUUUCACAAUGAAGCAGCAUAAGGAUGAACGGCUCCAAGCUUUUCUCACCCGGUUCAACCUCGUUAAAAGCAUGGUAAUGAAGUGUCAUCCGUCCACAGCAGUCCAAGCAUUUAAACUCGCAAUGAACCGGGGGAUGCCAUUCCACACUAGCUUGGUGGUUAAUACGCCAAAGACCAUGGACGAGCUGAACGAGAGAGUUGACGGUUUUGUUCGUCUUGAGGAGGAAGAGGCAGCUAAUUCGAGGAAGACGUCAAUUAUUUCGACGGAAGAGAAGUCCAAAGCCAAGAUCCGGCAAAAACAAGCUCAGCCGCAACGUCACCCCUCAUGGAAGGCGGAAAAGAGGCCCAGGGAGGAGGAAUCAGUCACUCCACUCAGAGUCACCUUAGCGAGGGUAUACCAAGAGAACAAAGAUAAGUUUCAUCCUCCUCUGCCAAUCAGGCAACCUCUUGAACAUAGGGAUCAAACUAAACAUUGUGCUUUCCAUAGUGAUUUUGGACAUCAGACUAACAAAUGCAGGAACCUAAGGAGGCAGGUAGAGAUGCUAAUCGCAAAGGGGGGAUUUGCAAGCUAUGUUCAAGGUCUGGCGCAAGAGCAGAACCGCCCGACUGAGCAGAUCAAGCGGAACCAGAGGCCGAACCAACACAACUCUCAGCCUGUCCGGAUUAUAAAUGCAAUUCGUGGUCAGCCUGAACAAACGACGGAGUCAGAAGAGUUGCUCAGAAUGAGGUUACGCCAGUCCCAGUUGAAAAGAAGGAUUGGCAGUGUGCACGCUUUGCACCAGCAGAACGCGUCCACAUCGAUAAAGUUUGAUAAAACGGACCUGCUACGCGUUCAGAUUCCUCAUGAAGAUCCAUUAGUCGUCAGUCUGACAGUUGCAGAAUGCCUAGUUCGAAGAGUUCUGAUUGAUCCAAGAAGUAGUGCGAAUGUCAUACCCAGGGUGACGUUCGACCGACUGGAGAUUGAACCCGAAAAACUCAAACCCACAGGAAAUCCGUUGCUCGGAUUUGAUGGGAAGCAAGUGGAACCCAUUGGAAUUGUGGAAUUGACAGUACAAGCUGCUAAGCGAGUUUUGACCGAAAGUUUUGUGGUCGUGGAAAUUCAUCCAUCCUACAACCUCUUGAUGGGCAGAGGAUGGAUUCACAGAGUUCAGGGCGUCCUAUCAACCUUACGUCAAGUGAUGCGAUGUUUGGGUCCAGAUGGGACCAAGGUGAUAGACAUACACAGGGACCAGGUUGCAGCUAAAGAAUGUUAUUCAAACCCUCCUCCCAGCAAAGAUAGGGAGGAGGUGCCAUCAGUUCUGACCACAGAACCCCUUUAUGAAGUGAAGAUUAACCAUGAGAAACCGGACCAAACAACAAGGGUGGGAACUAAACUUACUGAAGAAGAAAAACUAGAGUUGACUGAUUUUUUGACUCAGAAUAUAGAUGUAUUCGCAUGGAGCCAUUCAGAUAUGCCAGGGAUAAAUCCUGUUGUAUCCUGUCAUUCUCUCAAUGUAGAUCUGAAUGCAAAGCCAGUGAAGCAGAAGCAGAGAAGAUUUGCUCCAGAAUGA